AUGGGACUUCUAGGCUUCUUGAAACGGGGUCCAAAUGCAGAAGAAUCCAUCAAGAAUGAAGGAUUCGAGGUUUCAGACUGUUCGAUGGAGUGUCUGACUUGCACGGCCAAAUUCCCUGCUAGUUUGUCCUUCAAAGAUGAUGACAAUUCUGCUUUGUACGGCAAUACUCUGCCUUUUGGAUUGCAUGCUAUUGUUCCCACCAAUAAAUGUGAUUGGGAACACGACGCCACCCUGAAGCUGAAGACAAUUGCAAAUGCGGUCGCAAAAUGGGCACUGAAUUCGAAAUUGGAAGGGCUUGGAGAGUCGUCAGACAUCAAGGUCAGUUGUAGCUCGCUCAGUUCUAAUGACUUGGAGUGCAAAGAGGACUACAUGAAUGAGACCAGAGGCGAUGUUUUGCUCUUACCCUUUUUCGUGUGGGUGCGGAACAUCACUCUUGAUAAUGCAUCUGGGGUGCUUACCCGAGUCGUGGGUGAUCUCAUCAAAUUUAGAGCUGAUGGCCUUACCGAGUUCCCCUCUGUGAAGUACGAGGCAUUCCCAGAUGUCAGGGUAGAGGUGGACAGAAGCAAAAGCUAUGUGUUCCUUUGUUCGCACAAGACCAGAGAUAAGAAGUGUGGCAUCACCGCCCCUAUCAUGAAGAAGGAGUUCGAGAUCAAUCUCAGAGACGAAGGUUUGUACAGAGACGCUUCUGACGAUAGAGAAGGGGGCGUACGUAUUGCAUACGUUAACCAUGUGGGCGGACACAAAUUUGCCGCCAAUGUCAUUAUUUAUUUGCGUGAGUCAGGAAAGAACAUCUGGCUUGCCCGUUGCCGCCCCAACAACGUUCAGCCCAUAAUAGAAGAAUGUAUCCUCAAGGACGGCAAGGUGUGGCCAAACUAUGUCAGAAGAGUGCAGAAAUUUACCCCUAUCGAGUGGUAG